AUGUUUGCUUCGGUUUACAUUGCUUUCAUUGGAUUAGUUUGUUUCAAUGUGAGUAUUGCUCUAAGCAUUAGCUCAAAAAGCUUGGAAACAUUGUCAUCAAAAACAAAUCAAUUACAAACAAAACUAUACACAGGUUAUUUAGGAGCGAGUGCAUCAACUUUAGCAAGAUUUUCACAUGGCUUAGACGAAUCAAAGAUCUGAUGGCAUAAUAAAAUGAAUCAACUAAGAACACCUGCAUCAUCAACUAUACCAGAAAUGAUAGAUGUUGAAUAUGAAAGUGAUUAUUAG